AUGUCAUCAAGGGGCCAACAGGACCCACAGGCCCUCAAGGGCCCACUGGCAUGGGAGGCGCAGGGGCCAGCGGCGGGCCUGGACAGCCGGGCUCACAAGAGUCCUCGUGCAACUGUGCUAUUUCACACUGGCGUGCUGAGGGCAUGGGCAUACUCAGGUGCGACUGGCGUGACUGGCGUGGGCACAACUGGCCCCAAGGGAGAUAAAGGCGACAAAGGAGACACCGGCCCUUUUGGGGCCACAGGCGCCAGCGGCACAGAUGGAGCAACUGGCGCUUCAGGCGCAGUUGGCAACACCGGUGCCACCGGCGACAAUGGACCGACAGGCGUCACCGGCGCGGGGGCCGGCAGCGGCGCUACGGGCAACUUCUUGGUUGGCGGGGACUUGUCCGUGGUCGGCGCGUCCAACCUCGCCGCGCCCGUAACCAUUACGGACCCCCAGCCUGGCGCGGCCAUCGCGUUCAAAGUCAUCGGAUCCUCGUCCUUCGGGGUGGUGACUCCGAAUACAGCCAUAAUAUCGGCUGCCGGGCAGGUGCAGAUCAACAACCCAACCCCCAGCGCGCUGGCCGUCGCUGGCGGGGGAAUCUUCAACGGCGCGCUGGUGGCGGCCGGAUCCGCGCAGCCGUUCAACGUGGCAGGCACCGGGGCGGUGACCGUGGGGAGCACCCUCUCGGUGACCGGCCAGUCGACCUUGGGCGUAGCCAACUUCAACGGAAUUGCCACGUUCAAUGGCGGCAUUUUUGCACCAGCCGCCACGCCAACAUCCCGCGUCACGAUCGGCCCGGGCGCUUUCGACGCCAACAGCGUCCUGGCAGUGAAUGGGCAGGUGACCAUCGAACCUGGGGGUCCUUUCGCCACCUCAUUGCGGGCCGCUGGGAGAUCCCAACUGGAGCGUGUCUUGCUCGGCAUCGGGUUGUACACGUUGCCAUACAGUGCCACCAUCGACCAGACUGCCACUCCAGUCACCGUACCUCAAGGCACCACGCACAUCAUUGCAACUGUCACCCAAUCUGGGACGUUGUAUCUUCCAUUCCCGCCUGCGUUUGAUUUGUACGUCGGGCAAAGCAUCCUGAUUAUUUUCCCCAGCGGCCAAACAGCCGACCUCACCAUCAAAUGCGAUCCGACUUCGCAGGAGGACAGCCUUGCGGCAAGGCUGUCCUCCUGA